AUGCAGCCAUUCGUCACAGGGCAUGAAGAGCUAAUCCACGAUAUCAAGUAUGACUUUUAUGGCAAACAUAUAGCUACAGCAUCGUCAGACCAGCAUAUAAAAGUGUUUGAUUUUGAUGCAUCAACUACGUCGUGGAUCUUGAAUGAUCUGUGGAAAGCUCACGAUUCACUGGUUUUGAGAGUGUCUUGGGCCCAUCCGGAGUUUUCGAGCUCUAAAAUAUUGGCAUCCUGCUCGUUUGAUAGAACAGUGAAAAUAUGGGAGGAGCAGCCCAUGGAGUUGCAUGGUUCCGGUCGAAGAUGGAUGAGGUUGGCUACUCUUGCAAUUGAGUCGUAUGGUCCGAUUUAUGAUGUUAAGUUUGCUCCAAAUCAUUUGGGCUUGAAGUUGGGAUGUAUAGGAAGUGAUGGAAUUUUCCGCAUCUACGAAUCCUUGGAGCCCAAUGACUUGACUGAUUGGGCACUUACAACGGAAAUACCGAUACUCAGUCAGCUGCUACCUGCGAAAAGCUUGCAGAGUAGCUUCUCUAUUGAGUGGUGUCCAUCGAAAUUUACAAGGACUGAAAAGUUCAUUGUUGUUGCAUUAGAUCAAGGCUUCGUAUAUACAAGCGUACCAAGAGAUACCGAUGCUGGAGAAGAUGGCGGGCACGAAAAUUAUGUCAAGAUGUGUGACUUGCCAGAACACAAUGGACUAAUAAGAUCGGUGAGUUGGGCUCCCUCCAUGGGAAGAAGUUACCAUUUGAUUGCUACAGGUUGUAAAGAUGGUUACGUACGCAUUUUCAAGGCUACAGAAACUCCCGCGGGAGACUUUGAAAUCGAGGUUCUAGCAAAAAUGAACGAUCACCAAUGUGAAGUGUGGAGAGUUAAUUGGAACACGACAGGGACUAUAUUGUCAUCUGCUGGUGAUGAUGGGAAAUUGAGGCUAUGGAAAUGCAACUACUUAAGUGAGUGGAAGUAUAAGUAA